GCUCCAAGAGGAUAAGUAAAAGGAACACUCCGACUAGCAACUGUCUGCAUUCACUGAAGUCCUAGUUUUCUUGUAAACAGAACGUGUCAGGAUGGAUCCAGUCAUCGAGGAUGAUGACAGCCCACCAGAACUGGUCGACGUCGCUGCUCUUCCUGACUCGGGAAAGCCCGACUCGCAGUCGACUUUGGACGAGCAUCCAGGGUUCAAUCGCGUUCCGAUUACGCUGGUCACUGGCUACUUGGGCGCGGGCAAGACAACUCUGCUGAACUAUAUCUUGAAAGAGAAGCAUGGCAAGAAGAUUGCCGUCAUUAUGAAUGAAUUUGGAGACUCAAGCGACAUAGAGAAGCCAUUAACAGUUAAUGAAGGUGGUAAGGAAGUCACUGAAUGGUUGGAUGUGGGAAACGGCUGUAUUUGUUGCUCAGUCAAAGACUCCGGUGUUAUGGCAAUAGAAUCGCUGAUGGAACGGCGCGGCACAUUUGACUACAUCCUGCUCGAGACCACAGGACUAGCUGAUCCAGGCAAUAUUGCUCCGCUGUUCUGGGUAGACGAUAACCUUGGUAGUUCUAUAUACCUAGACGGUAUUGUGACCCUAGUCGAUUCCAAGAACAUAUUACGUCUUCUCGACGCUCCAGCUCCGGAAGAGAUGGUAUCAGCCCAUGAGCCAAACGAUACUCAUGCUCACAGCGGGCCUGUUCUUAGCAUGGCCCAUCUGCAGAUCUCACAUGCGGAUGUGAUCGUUUUGAACAAAGCAGAUCUUGUAACCCCAGAUGAGCUUGAAAGGGUCCGGGAUCGAAUUACUGCCAUCAACAGUGCUGCUAAGAUUCACGUUACCGACCACAGCAGAACGCCGCAGAUUGAGGGGGUGGUACUGGAUCUGCAUGCGUACGAUAAUCUGGCAAAUGUCGACUUCGAAUUUGGCCAGAAGGGCCAUGGACAUAUUGAUCCCGCUAUCUCCACGAUGUCCAUCACUACAUCGCCGAUCCCACCUUCUAAAGUCCCCGUCGUAGACGCCUGGCUUCGAUCGGUCCUAUGGGACAAUGUCCUUCCAUCUCCGGAACAGUCCACGGGAUCCGCUCCUCAUUCCAAUGACUUCGAGAUCCAUCGUCUCAAGGGAAUUCUUGCUUUGGACAACGGAUCAUUCCAGAUCAUCCAAGCGGUGAGAGAGGUCUUUGAAAUCCGAGACGCGGAUGUGAAGAAAGAGACUCCCGCUCAAUGCAAGAUUGUAUUGAUUGGAACAGGUCUUGGAACUAGUGCAGAGCCCUGGCAGAGAAGCUUCGAGAGCUUCCUUGAGAAAGAUGGUAGAUGAAGACAUAAGUCAUAUCUAACAGCGUUGUGGGUGAGGUGUUUCCAUGGGGACAAGGUGUGGAUUAGGACUUCGAGCUUGCCUAGGUUAAACAGUGAGUAUUAUAUUCACAGGAAGAACGAAAAAGGAGUCAGCCAAUGGUGUCUUGCGUGAGGUUA